AUGGGUAGUCACCUGUCAGUACUGGGGCAAUCAUUUCCGCCCAAGCCGAAUUUUCGAGUGGAUGAUAUCCCUGACUUGACGGGGAAGGUUAUAAUCGUUACUGGAGCCAACACUGGGAUUGGUAAAGAGACAGUGAAGGCCUUAUUGGCACACAAUGCCAAGGUAUAUGUAGCUGCCAGAAGCGAAGAGAAGGCAGAUGUAGCCAUCAAGGAUCUGAAAGGCAGCACUGGCAAGGAGGCCAUCUUUCUGAAACUUGACCUCGGAGACUUGAAGUCUGUGAAAUCUGCGGCAGAAGAAUAUCUCAGCAAAGAGACCAAGUUGGACGUUCUGUUUAAUAGCGCUGGAGUCAUGUUCCCUCCAAAGGACUUGUUAACGAAUGACGGAUAUGACCUUCAAUUCGGAACGAAUGUCCUUGGGCACUUCUACUUUACCAAGCUACUAUUACCUACCCUCAUUGCCACUGCGAAAUCAGCACCGGAUGGCAAAGCUCGUGUCAUUACAACUUCAUCGUCAGCACAUGUCCUAAGCGGUCUUACGUUUUCCACAUUCAAAGAUGGUCCUGCACGCAAGAAGUUGUCUACUGCUGAUCUCUAUGGGCAAAGCAAAAACGGAAACGUCGUACAAGCACUCGAACUCGCAAGACGCUACGGUUCAGAAGGUAUCGUUUCCAUACCCCUGAACCCCGGUAACAUCAAGACAGACCUGGCGCGCCACAUGCCGUCCUUUUUGCGUAGUAUUCUGAACUUGUUUCUCUACGACGUCGAACAUGGAGCACUAACCCAACUCUAUGCCGGAACUGCUCCAGAAGCUGUAGAACUAAACGGCAAGUAUCUCGUUCCUUGGGCUAGGCUCGGUCCAACUCGAAAGGAUGCCCGGGACCCCAAGAUAGGGGAGGCUUUGUGGGAAUGGCUUGAAGAACAGGUCAAGGAUAUUUAA